CUUAGAGUGCUUCAAUAUCCCAAAAUGAAGUUUACUGUUUGUUUUUUAUUGUUUUGUGCUGCUUGUCAUUUAGGUGUAACGAAUAAUAGCACUGAAAACUCCAUCGUCGUGAUCCCAGAUGGAAUUUAUGGAUUCGGGUUGGAGAUGCUGCUUACAAAGAUGGAAAACAUGGAGCGCAAGUUAUUGGAGGUGCUGGAACAUUGGCACCAAAUGGAAAGCUACAAGGCAGUUCUCGAAAAAAGGUUCACCGAUUCCAUGAGGGACCUCGGCCGGAAUAUGAGCAUAUUACAGGAUCAAUCGUUGCUGAUCGUGGAACAGCCAAAAGCUAGCGCUACCUUUUCAUCGUGCAAAGCCAUAGCAUCGAAAGUGUCAGGGGUGUAUGAAAUCCAUAUCAACAACGUUACUCCGCCAUUUGACGCGUUUUGUGAGCAAGAAAAGUUUAGAGGCGGUUGGCUCGUUGUGCAACAUCGGUUCGACGGCUCCGUUGAUUUUUACCGGGCCUGGGCAGAAUACCGUGCGGGCUUUGGCGACGUGAACACGGAAUUCUGGCUCGGGCUGGAAAAAAUGCACCAGCUAACGACGGCUAGGCCACAUGAGAUAAUUAUCGAGUUAAAGGACUUUAGCGGCAACUACGCGUAUGCGCGCUACGAUAAAUUCAAGAUAGGUAGUGAGAGUGAGCACUACACACUAACGCUGGGAAACUAUAGUGGAACUGCAGGAGACUCGAUGGGUAGUAAUAAUGGAAGGAGAUUCUCAUCCAUUGAUCGAGAUAAUGGAGACUGGCCCAAGUCUGAUGGUUGUGUUAAUUACUCUAGAGGUGCCUGGUGGCACAGAGCUUGCACCGGUGCGAAUUUGAAUGGACCUUACAACAAUGCACGGAGUAGUAAGUCAAUGUUUUGGUUAGAUUUCAAAGGCUAUCAAGGAUUGAGUUUCUCCAGGAUGAUGAUCAGGCCAUUGUAAAUUGAUCGUGGUAUCUCUGCUAACACUAUUCGUAGACUUUUAGUUAUAAAUGGCAAUUAAGCAUCCUUAAACAGCAAAUACUCUGAAAAAUAUUUGCGUA